AUGGGACGAGAAUUUUCACCGAGCUCUGAACAUAAUGGUUUGAACAGACGAUAUCAUGGAUGGUCCGUUCGCAAUAUGACCUUUUCCAAAAGCCUGUUUUGCUGGAACACGUGUAGAAUCGUAUUGAAGUCCUGUGGAGCAGCACUAACACUAACGUUCGUUAACAAAGGUGAGGAUGAAGUGGGCGUUUUGACUAUAAAGGAUGUUUUUGUCGACAGCGACUGUGAAAGUGAUAGCGGUAACGCAUUAGGUUAUAUCAGUGCAUGA